AUCUGACAAUGACCACCUGGGCUCAGGCCAUCCAUCAUCCCUGGUUUGAUCCAUCACCUUUGAAGCGUAAACUGUCUAACGCGGAUGACGAGCGCCGUGCAUCACCUUAUCAGCGCUCAUCACCAAGCCCCACAAGCCGCGCCAAACGACGCAAGUUCAACACAUUGGAACAUGGGUUUGCCCACCUGUCACUCGCGCCGGCGCCGGUCCACCCCAACUCAACGAGUGGGCUGGUGAUUACGCCUAUCAAUCCCACUGCUUCAUCUUCCGAAUCUACAAUAUUUCCACCUUCUAGUAUCGUCCUCCCCAGCUCUAUCGAAGAACCGCCGCACGAAGUUGAAGCCAUGGCGCCCGAGGUGAACAUGGAGAGUUUAGACGAGGGAGAAUACACUGGCAAGACCAAGGCGGCUCCUCACUAUUCGAUAUCGACGCCUUUGCUUCGACGCAUACGAAAACACCAGACGACAGCGCAGCCUAUCAUUCCCAUCUCGUCGCCCAGUACGGGGGAGGGCGCUCUGGUGUUGUAUCGGCCGUUGCGGCCGCUUUCUCCUACUCGACACGUUGAUGAACAAACUGAGCCUGUAGAGGAAAUUAUCACGACCGGUGCUGCGAGUUUCGAGUGUGACGAUGAUGCAAUGGAGAUAGAGUAGAAUGACACGUCCACACAUUUGUUUGCUUUGAUACUUAUUAAUAUCCUAAAACGACA